AUGCAGAUCCCUUGGGCUGUGUGUGCUGUCUGUGUCCUGACACAAAUCACAUCUCACUCUGUGCAAGGGUGGCAGAUGUUUAAAAAUGAUGCUACAGAAAUCAUUCCUGAGAUCACUGAAAAUACAGAAACACCAAUGGAGCCGACUUUCAGCAACAACAACACCAUGAAUCAGGCAAAACAUGGAGGAAGACACAUACAACAAGCUCCAGACCUUAAUGAUGCCGCGGGGUUCAGCUGCCGGGAGGUGCGCACCACGCGGUUCCUGACGGACGGGCCGUGCCGCAGCCUGAAGCCGGUGAAGGAGCUGCUGUGCUCGGGCCACUGCGAGCCCUCGCACCUCCUGCCCAACUCCAUCGGCCGCGGCAAGUGGUGGCGGCAGAACGCGCUGGAUUUCCGCUGCAUCCCCGCGCACAGCCGCACCCAGCGCGUCCUCAUGGCCUGUCCCCAGGAGGAGACUCGGACUUACAAAUUCCGAGCGGCCACGUCCUGCAAGUGCAAGCGCUACACUCGCUACCACAACCAGUCCGAGCUCAAGGACUUCGGCAAGGAAAGCGUCCGGCCCCAGAAGAACAAGAAGCCUCAUCUCUCCAGAGCCAGGAGCGGCAAAUCCAACCAGCACGAGCUGGAAAAUGCCUAUUAGCGGGUGGCUCUGGGUGACACAGACCAGCAGCUCCGGAUGUUUUCUAAACCAUCAAAAGGCACUCAGAGGCCACAGCAUGAUGUUCUGACUGCAGUAGGUUCCAAUUCCUUCUGCUAAGCUGGGUCAAAGGCUCACAUAGGCAAAAAUCGAUCAGAUUGUAGCACUUAUGGUCUGAUAAGAGAAUGAGAUAAAGGCAGCUGGAGGCACCCCUUGGAGGUCCAUGCCAGUUUGUGUGUCCUGCACGAGUAGGAAGGCAGAGGAGAGUGAAGCUGUUGUGGGGACAAUCACACUUUGCUAGGAAUCAUUCCACUCACUUAAUGUGAAAAGAAUAUUGGGAUCCCUUUCCUGGGAUCCCUUUCUUGGGAUCCCUUUCCUGGUCAAGGAUGCAGGACAAGGUUGCAAUUAGGGAAGCACCAGGAGAGUCAGCACUCUCUGAAGGAGCCCUAGAAAGUUUGGGGUAGCAGGGAUUUCAAGUGAUGGUGAAUGAAGUCAAAUUGUUGGGAAAUUAACACAAUAUCAGAUGUCCUCAUGCACCACGUGUUUCCUUUCAAACGCAGAAACCAAAAUAUGACACUGGUGUUCUCAAAACAGAAGUAAAAGUGGGACAAAUCUAUUUCAUACUUUUAAUUAAAAGAUUAUGGGCUUGACAAAUUCAAAACUGAGAUCUGGCUACUAAAACCAUACUGAUUUAAGAACAGUGAUUUGUUUUAGGGACAAUUCAACAAAUCCUCCAAAGUGGAGCAGAUUUAUGAAAAAGAUGCUCCACUCAAACCAGAUAACCUCACUGAUGUUUGUCCUGUAAACAGCUAACAUUAUACAUAGUUCAACAUAGAAUAUACUGAUUAUUCCUUAUUUCCUAGAACAUGUUUGACUUUAAUAUCAGCUUAGAUACAUCCAUUUACAUUUUCUGUUCUGUAGGGUUUGGAGUAUCUGGCCACACACUCUGUAGCACUAAAACUGUGCAAACCAAGCUCUGUCAGUAAGGUGGUGGUUCUGCAUUAAAAGUGAGCCUCUGCUAAGUCAUUAAUUCCUCUAGAAAAAUCUUUAGGUUAUGCAGCUUUGAUAAGUCUUUCGUUUGGCAGCAACUUUCCUUUACUUAGCUUCUCAACACUCAGACUAAUGUUUGUGUUUUUACAUUAAAGGAUAUUGUUAGAAAGUGAAUUGUCACAUACUGUAUACAUCCUGUAGAAUUUAUGCUGAAAUAAUAUAAACUGUGGAAAUUUGAAAUGUUGAUAGAUUUUUCAGUUAUUUUAUGUGGGACCAGAACCUAGAGAGAAAAGGCAUCAUUUCAGAGAGUGAAUUACGUAUUUAUUUUUUUCCAGAAAAUUAUUUAUGCAAUGUUUUAACUUGUAGAGAACAAGAAGUAAUACUGCUUUAAAAAUAUUUGUCUGUUAUUUUAAAUUUUAAAUACAUUGUUAAUAAAGUAGAAACAAUAAUUAAUUAUAGAAAGACUCAUUGAUUUUCAGUUAC